CUCUAUUUGUAAUGCUGAUAUUGCUAAUCCAAGAAUAAGACUUAUGUGCUUCGUGGCUGUCGAUUUUUUUAAAUGAAAAUUUCGUGUUAGUUUUAGAAUAUUUAAGGCAGGCACUUUAUUCCGAAACGCAAGAAAUAACUCUUGCUUUGAAGGAGAACUUUGGCUAAUGGAGUACAACAUACCAGAUUCUGAAGAAGACUUUGACAAGCUAUGGAAUUUUCCUAAUUGUGGUGGCGCUUAGACCGGAAACAUAUUAGGAUCGUAAAAACGGCACACAGCGGAUCAUUUUAUUACAACUACAAAGGUUACUGUAGUGUUAUCCUGAUGGCUCUUGUUAAUGCGAAUUAUGAGUUUAUACACGUAAAUGUAAGAGUAUCCGAUGGGGGAGUUUUCGAAAAUUCAUCUUUCUAUAAAAAACUAAUGGAAGAUAAAAUGAAACUGCCAAAAACUCAAAAGACUAAACGUGGAAUGAAUUUUGUUUUUGUGGGGGAUGAUGCGUUCCCUCUAGGCAAGCAUCUUAUGAAACCGUUUCCUCAAAAAGGGUUAACUCGUGAGCAGACAAUAUUUAAUUAUCGGUUGUCGCGAGCCAGACGUAUUGUCGAAAAUGUGUUUGGCAUAUUAUCUGCAAGAUUUAGAAUUUUUCACACUGAAAUAAAUUUGAAGCCAGAGAACAUAGACAAGUUUCCUAAAUGCGAAGACGACUGGAAAGUAAUAUCUAAGGAUUUCGAUGAAAGAUGGAACUUUCCCAACUGUUUAGGCGCCAUGGACGGUAAACAUGUUCGGAUAGCUUCACCGCCUAACAUCGGGUCCUACUUUUAUAAUUAUAAAGGUAGUCAUAGUCUAGUGUUGUUAGCAAUGUUCAAUGCCAAUUAUGAAUUUGUUAUGUGUCAUUUUGGCACUAAUGGUACAGUAUCCGACAGAGGAGUUCUGGAAAAUACACGGUUUUGUGACAAACUGAUAAACCAUGAGCUAAACAUACCUGCUCCAUCUAAAAGCAAAUAUUCAGAACUCCCGCUUGCCUAUGUAUUUGUUGGCGAUGAAGCUUUUGCGCUUAGAGACGAUUUUUUAAAGCUAUUUGCCCAAAAACAACUUAAUAGCGACCGCAGAAUCUUUAACUACCGUUUAUCCAGAUGUCGACGAAUUGUCGAAAAUGUGUUUGGGAUCCUAGCAGCCCGUUUCAGGAUUUUUCACACAGAAAUAAACCUGAAGCUGGAAAGUAUUAAAAAAGUGGUAUUGGCAUGCUGUGCGUUGCACAACUUUUUACGAAGGAAUACUGCUACUAGGUACAGCCCGCCUGAAUGUCUUGAUAAUAAAGAUUUGGAACGUGGUGAAAUUCUACUUGGUUUGAGGGCAGGACCAAACGUUUUUGUGGACUUACAGCAUGGCCAGAAUAGAAAUGCUAAGACUUCUGCCAAAGAAGUGAGCGAACAUUUCAUGAAGUAUUUUUGUAAUGAGGGGAGGGUCCCUUGGCAAGACAAGUUUGUUUAAAAUGUUAUUAUUUCUAUUUGUAUUAGAGUAUCAUAACUAUUGUACUUAAUAAGCUGGCACAGUUAUGUAAAACUUAUACGUUUACAACAAUAAAUUUAUAAGAACUGCUCAAA